AUGAAGAUCUAGGCGCAUGACUUCCGUUUUCUUUCCUACGUUUGUUUACAAAUUAUAUGUAUCAAAAAAGACAGUUGAUCUGUCAAGUUUAUUUCGUAAAUCUGGCCAAUGUCAGCAUUCAAAGAUUUGUCAUCACCAACUGUAAGAUGCCAGAAAUGAAAUGGCUGUAGGAAUGAGACCCCUGUACACCAAGCUGGGUCAGUUGUCCCAGGGGUGGGGACGAAGGUGGGUGUCCAAAUGGUCACCCCUGGCUUCAGCGUUUAAUGCUAAACCUGCCAGAGCUCUCAACCUCAGCCUCACAAAGGGAAAUGCUGGCCUGUUUUGUAUCCCUGAACUGACCGACUUCCGAGGGUUCUAUCUACUCCAGCAACGAGCCUGUGAUGAAGUGGAGAAACUGGUGGAAGAAGCAACCAGUCCGCACAGGACACGCAAGAUGGUGGAGGUGUUUGAUGAGCUGUCCGAUACCCUUUGUAAGGUAGCAGACAUGGCAGACUUUGUGCGAGUGUCUCACCCAGAUCAGGACUACUCCAUGGCUGCGGAGGAGGCCUGCGUUGGACUGUCCGGACUUGUUGAAAAACUGAACACCGACACUGGUCUCCACCAGGCCCUCAAGACGGUGAUAGACAACGGAGACUCCGUGCCCACUGACGAUGUGGACAACAGGGUGGCCCAGCUCUUCAUGUUUGACUUCGAACAAAGCGGGAUUCACUUACCGGCUGACAAGAGAGAGAAGUUUGUGAAGCUGAACGAAAACAUCCUGAUGCUGGGGAGUUACUUUGUUCAACGAACACACAGUCCAUCCUCUGUACCUAAAGAUAAACUGCCACAGAAUCUCAGAUAUUGUUUCAACGUGGAUGGCGACAACACCUACGUGACAGGCCUGUGCUCCGACCACUACAGCGACGUGGUGCGAGAGACGGCAUAUAAAACAUUUCUGUAUCCAGACCAGCACCAGUUGGAGAUCCUAGAUGCACUGUUACGCGCUCGACACCAGUUGGCCGAACUUGUCGGCUUCCCGACCUACGCUCAUAGAGCCACCAGGGGCACGAUACUGGAAAACCCAGAGUCUGUGAUGAAGUUCUUACGGAACCUUUCCAACAAGCUAAAACAUAGAGCUGGCAAGGACUACGUAGACAUUCUCCACCUGAAGCAGAGGCACUCAAGUUCCGAUCAGCGUAUUAUGCCAUGGGACCCACCUUACUACUCAGCCAUUGGCAGGCAGGAGAGAUGCAAUGCAAGUUCAACAGAGUUGUCUCCCUUCUUCUCCCUUGGCUCGUGCAUGGAAGGUCUCAACAACUUGUUCCACAGUCUCUACAACGUCACACUGCAGCGGCAGAAAACACAGCCGGGGGAGUGCUGGUCACAUGACAUUCAUAAGCUGGCAGUGGUUCACGAGGCUGAAGGAGUGCAGGGAUACAUCUACUGUGAUUUUUUUGAAAGAGCAGGAAAACCACCCCAGGACUGCCAUUUCACUAUCCAAGGAGGCCGAGAGAAGCGAGAUGGCAGCUACCAGCUCCCUGUGGUGGUCCUCCAGCUGAACCUGCCACCCCCUCAGUCUCGCUCCCCUUCCUUACUCACCCCCGGGGCCAUGGAAAACUUGUUCCAUGAGUUUGGCCAUGCCAUGCACUCCAUGCUUGGUCGCACAAAGUACCAGCAUGUCACAGGUACACGAUGUUCAACAGACUUUGCUGAGGUGCCGUCAGUAUUGAUGGAGUUCUUUGCAGCUGAUCCAAGGGUGCUGUCGACAUUUGCCCGACACUACAAGACUGGUGAAGCCCUGUCACCCUCUACCAUCCAAGAUCUGUGUCAGUCCAAGAGAAUGUUUGCUGCUUCGGAGAUGCAGCUGCAGGUGUUCUACUCUGUCCUGGACCAAGUGUACCAUGGGCCCCACCCUCUAGGAAGGUCCACAACACAGGUCCUGGCAGAUCUGCAGGUCGAGUACCAUGGCACGCCCUACAUUGACAACACGGCAUGGCAGUUACGUUUUGGUCAUCUGGUUGGCUACGGGGCCAAGUAUUACUCAUAUCUACUCUCACGAGCAGUGGCAUCCAAGAUCUGGUACCAGAGUUUUAACCAGAACCCGUUCAGCAGGGAGUCGGGGGAGCUGUACAGGCGGGAGGUCCUGGCCCAUGGAGGGGAGAAACCCCCAACAGAGCUUGUACAGGGCAUGCUUGGAGAGACGCCGACAGCAGAGACACUGGUGAUGUCACUUGUACAGGAUCUGGAUGAAGGAGCAAGGCUGCUUGGUACAUAGCAGAGUUACGCAGACAAUUGUAAAACUCUAAAACAACUGUAUAUCAUGAAGCAGCCAACAGAUCACGUAGCAGAAAUGUGUGAUGUGAGAGCCAGGAAAUGUGGACUUCAUGGAUGGCCAUGUAUGAGUGAGUGAGGGAGUGAGGUUUAAGGCUGUUUUUAGCAGUGAGCCAGCGUUACCAUGACACCAGAGGUGUUCUGCACGAAAUAUACCCUUGUAGGGAAUUGAACCCAGGCUUCCUGUGUGUGGAAAGCUACUAGAUUGCAGUGAGAACUGCCAUUGGCAGAUCAGGGAUCAGGGCUUCAAAGCAACAGUAGUGUUACGACGACGUAACUCGCAUACUUAACAUAGACUUACGAUAAUCAUAGCGCUAAGAGCGCUUUGUGCAAGUGGACUCUAGGCCUCUUUCCACAAAGCGAUCUCAGCACUAUGACCGCUGUAAGCCUACGUUAACAUAUGGAAGUUAUGGUCGCUUUGUGGAACUGAAUCCCCGGUGGACCCUCAUCACUGGUUGACAACUAAGAUGCACUCCUUGUGAUUGUUUCUGAGUUUGUCAGUACCAUGCCCUUGGGUUUCACCAAGUGGUCAAUAUCUCAGACCUACCGUACUUCACUUUCCUUCCACAUUAAGCUGACACGUCCUGAGAUACCUGUAACUCGAAUAUUGUCAAAAGGGGCUUAAACCCAACUAUCUGACUCACUCAUUCACUCUUUACUGACAAUGGAUUUGGCGUAUACACCUCCACUCAACACCUGUGAAGAUCAAGUUAAGAAUUUGUCUUCGGGAUCCCAUACUUGUCAAAUGAGGGACCAACAGUAUCGGGUAGACAGGCUCGCUGAUUGUUGAUGCAUGUCAUCGUCUCCCAAUUGAAUCUAUUGAUUCUCACGAUGUCAGUCAGUGGAUUGUACGGUCCAGACAGCGGUCAUAGAGCUAGAAUAUUGUUGAGUGUGGUGUGAAACAACAAUCAUUGCUGGGCAUAUUCACGAAGCAUAUUUAGUGUCAAUAAUGAGAUUGUCUGGUCCCGAUUCAAUUAUUUUCAGACUGCUAUCUUAAAACCGGAAUGUUGCUGAAUGUGGUAUUAAACAACAGACAGUUGACAUAAACAUUACUGACACAAGCAUCCAAAAUAAAAAAUUAAAAAAUGAUUGCUGUUCAAAUGUAUGAAUGAUGUCAAAUAUCUUCUGGCUUAAGAUUUAAUCAAACCUUUCUUAUGUUUUUAUUACAUCUUAAACCACUUGUAUCUUUUUUAAAUAGUAAAUAUUUCCUGUAUAUACCUGGAUAGCAGGUAAGCAUCAUUUCUUUAUUUUAGGAUAUUGCUUCCUAUAUAGCAUUUACUCCAUGCUCCGUCAUGCUCAAAGUUCCAAACCAGCAUUACCCAGUCAGUGGAACAGUGUGCACUUUCAUUCUCUGCUCUCUGCAGAGUAUUCAACCCAAGCUGCCUAUGAAGCACUAGGUUAACAGUCACAUUACCAUCUCAUCCUACCGGGUACCCAUUUUACUGCUGGUUGAAUAAACAUAGCUUCAUUUAUCCUGAACUUUAAUGUUACUUUUGGACACAUUUACAUAUGUUGUCCCAAUUGCGUGGAUCGAUGCUCAUGUUGUCAAUCACUGGAUUGUCUGGUCCAGACUCGAUAACUUACAGACCACCGUCAUAUAGCUGGAAUAUUGCUGAGUGUGGCGUUAAAAAAUUAACAAAAAAACAAACAUAUGACAUUGUUUUCAUUUAAAAAAAACAAAAACAAGAUACAUGAUGACAAAAAAAUGGAACUGUUAUGUUAGACUGACAAGUACUGGUUUUUCAUCAUCACAUGAAGUUGUUGACAGGGAAUACCAAAAAACUAUUUGCCCUUAAACAGUAACUGAAAACAAAACUGAUUAUCUAAUAACAAUGAACAAGAGUUUGCUGGCAAACCAAAAAACAAUUGGGGUGAACCGGGAUUCGAACCCACAAUGACAGGGUUGUGGUGUGCUCAAGGCAAUCAACUAUGCACAGCCUUAGAAGACUUGGCCACAUAUACUCCCCUAUUAUUAUGAAUGUUUUGGUUUUUUUAGGGAAAUACGUACUAAGUGGUGCUUUGCCAUUUUCCAGGUGUGUAUUUAAUGUGUGUGCAUGUGUGUACACAUGUACCUAUUUUAUCACAAAUAUGAUGUAGUGAGCUUUGUGAACUAUUCUGAUUGUUUUGUUUGAGAUGGAAAUGUGAAAAUAGUGAGGAAAUGAUAUGGUUGUUGUGUGUUUUGUUUAAGACAAUCAUGUGUGAUACUGCCCUUGUCAUGUUAUGGAAUAAAAGUAAUGACAUUGAAA